AUCCGGUUCAAGGUCCAUGCAACUCGUCUCAUUGGCCAUUGAAUCGUGCAUCAGCAUUCCGUAUCCACGACCCUCGUGCGCACUGUUUCGUAUCGGCUGAACCAUGUCGUGGUUGUUCGGAUACCGUAACCCCCAGCAACCCCAGGACUUCUCGCAAUUCGCACAACCACCAGCCCUAGGAGGCGGACCCCCCGGCGGCGGAUCAUCCGGCGGCGGGGGCGACCAGCCGCCGAAAAAUUUAACCAAAUCACAAAUGGAAGCUUACAGAUUUGACUCGAGCGCGCUCGAAAGAGCGGCUGCUGCUGCCAAGGAACUAGAGAGAUCAAGUCAUGCCAAAGAUGCUCUCGACCUCUCGAAGCUUCAAGAAACGACGCGGCAGGUGGAAAUGCAGACAAAGUUGAAAGAGUAUGAAGCUCACAUUGAGCAGAUGAAAGCCGAACAAAAAAGAGUGGAGGGCGAUGAAAGGAGAAAAACAAUGCAAGAGGAGACGAAGCAGCAUCAAAUGCGAGCUCAGUACCAGGACCAGCUAGCGAGAAAACGUUACGACGAUCAGCUGGGUCAGCAGCAAAGAAUGAACGAUGAGAAUCUUAGGCGGCAGGAAGAAUCUGUAGCAAAACAGGAAGCGAUGAGAAAGGCAACUAUUGAACACGAAAUGGAAUUGAGGCAUAAAAAUGAAAUGAAGAAAUUAGAUGCUGAACUUAGAGCGAAGGCAAAAGUUGACCGCGAAAACCAGGAUUUAAAUUUGGAAAAGAUUAGACUAAAAGCUUCUGAAAAUAGGAUUACAGUUCUAGAAUCCAUUAAGACAGCUGGUUCGGUACUUGGGACAGGUGCGAACGCGUUGCUCCAAGACUGGGACAAAAUCCUAGCAGCCGCUGGUGGUUUGUCGCUUAUAGCACUGGGUGUUUAUACCGCCAAAGGAGCGACGGGAGUUUCUGCUCGUUACAUCGAGUCGCGUUUAGGAAAACCAUCUCUGGUGCGAGAAACUUCAAGGUUCUCAGUCCUUGAGUCGUUGAAACAUCCGAUUAAAACUGUUAAACAGCUUAAGGAAAAGCAGUCAGAUGCAUUGUCAGGAGUAAUCCUAGCACCAAAGUUGGAAGAGAGGUUGCGCGACGUUGCGAUUGCAACCAAGAACACUAAGCGAAAUCAGGGAAUGUACAGGAACAUACUGAUGCAUGGACCGCCUGGUACAGGAAAAACUAUGUUUGCCAAAAAGCUGGCCAAACAUUCGGGAAUGGAUUACGCUAUCCUAACCGGAGGUGACGUAGCUCCAUUAGGCCGGGAUGGUGUCACUGCCAUUCACAAAGUUUUCGACUGGGCGUCGACUUCUCGGAAAGGCUUGCUCCUUUUCAUCGACGAGGCUGAUGCCUUCCUGCGCAAAAGAUCGAGCGAGCGCAUAUCUGAGGACCUGAGAGCAACAUUGAACGCUUUCUUGUACAGAACCGGAGAGCAGAGCGAUAAAUUUAUGCUUGUUCUCGCUUCCAAUACCCCGGAACAAUUCGACUGGGCAGUUAACGAUCGACUGGACGAAAUGGUCGAGUUCAAUCUGCCUGGCAUUGAGGAACGAGAGCGCCUCGUGCGUUUAUACUUUGACAAAUUCGUUCUUCAGCCAGCUACCGAAGGCAAGAAGCGGCUUAAGGUGGCUCAGUUCGAUUACGGCGCUCUUUGUACCAAAAUGGCAGCUAUCACCGAAGGAAUGUCCGGCAGAGAGUUGGCCAAGCUUGGUGUAGCGUGGCAGGCUGCUGCGUACGCCUCCGAGGACGGUGUUCUGACAGAACAGAUGGUUAUCGAUAGGUGCAUGGAUGCUGUGAGACAGCACAAGCAGAAGGUGAAAUGGCAGAGCGAACAGGAAAGACAAGAAUCCAAAUCAAUCUAUUCCUCGGAGAAAGAAAUCUCUAUGAGUCCGUUAAAGCCGAAAGAAAGUGCGACGACGAUCGAGCCUGACAAAGUAAAUACCGCCUAAACACGCUGUGCAAAUGAGAAACAAUCGCGUAAUUCAAAGGUUUCCAUGGUUUGUUUUGAGAAUAAAUCUUGAAGCAACAAGAAGUGGACCAUGGCUAUAAUCGACCGCGUACACAGGCGUAUUUUAGGUCAUUACAAACCUGUACCUGAAUGGGGAAUGAAGAGAGAAUGUCGCGGUUGAUAAUUCCGAUAAUUCCCGCAAUCAGUUACUAUCUGCUCUAACUAUUCAGUUAUGCAAAUGUUUACCGAAAUAAUUUUUAAAAUUAUACUUAGAUGCUAUAUAAAAUUACUAGCCGCUGACUAGAAACUUAUUUUCAAUAAUCAACGCGUAAUUGGUGUGCGCGUGUUGUAGGAGUUUGAGAAAUAUCGUAUCGUUUUGAUUCUAUCUGAUUUUCAGAUUAAUCGUAGAUUAAUACUGUAUUCCGAAAUGGUAAAAAAUCUGGAACCAUAUUAAUCUCCCAUAAAUUACAAGAACCCGAAAGAAAUCCUCGUUUGUAGGACUUUGUUCUAGUCAGAUUUAUACAAUUACAUUUCAACGGUACCAGAUUAUUGCACAGGGGGUAACCGUAUUCUUCAGGGAAAUAUAAAUGAUUAAAACACAUGCACGAAUAUAUAAUAGGAAUUGUUACUGUAAAUAUACUUGAGUCACAAGUUAUUCCUAAUAAUAGUUGGAAAAUACUUUAAAUGGCUGUUAAAAGAAGAUUCUUUUCUCAGUGCAGUGGUAGAAAGACAAUAUGAUAAAAUAGAAACAAUUAAACUGAGUGGCGUUAGUUUGUUGAUGAUGAAGUAUACAUAUACGGCAUUUUAAGUAAAUGUUUCAAUUGUUCAUUUUUCAACGAAACUUCGAUAGUACUGUACGCGCUGUUAUUGCACAUGCUUGUUGAGACGUAGUAUAGAUGUACAA